AUGUCGCUCAGACCCAAAUUUGCCAUUUUGGACGAUUAUCAAGGCAUCGCUCGUUCACAUUUCACACAUCUUGACGACCGAGUCGAAAUGGUCUGUUUCCCCGAGACACUGGACCCGCGUGAUCCCGUUCAACAGGAGGCCCUCAUCAAACGCCUAGAAUCGUUCGAUAUCAUUCUUGCCAUGCGAGAGCGAACUCCAUUCUCCGCAUCCACCAUUGCCGCUCUACCAAAAUUGAAGCUUUUACUGACAACCGGCACCCGCAAUCUCGCGCUCGAUCUUGACGCAUUCACGAAGCAAGGCGUUACAGUGGCCGGCACAGAGGGACGACCGCCGGGCGUCAACUCUACCGUUCAGCAUACGUGGGCACUAAUCCUCGCACUGGCACGCCAUAUCGCUCGAGAUGACGCGGCCAUCAAAGCCGGUGGAUGGCAGGGAUCGCUGGGUAUGGGUCUUUCAGGAAAGACGCUGGGCCUCCUAGGUUUGGGGAAAUUGGGCUCUCAGGUCGGCAAGAUUGCGGUUCAGGCAUUUGGCAUGCGGGUGCUUGCCUGGUCGACGAAUUUGACUCAACAGAGGGCCGAUGAACUAGCACUCGCCCAAGAUCUACCAUCGGGCAGUUUCAUCGUGGCUUCCUCCAAGGCUGAGUUCUUCACAGAAUCAGAUCUGAUCUCGAUUCAUAGCGUUCUGUCAGAUCGUAGUCGGGGUAUCGUUGGAGCCGGGGAGCUGGCACAGAUGAAGCCUCACUCGUUGAUCAUCAAUACGUCGCGGGGACCCUUGAUCGACGAGCAAGCUUUACUCGAGACUCUUCAAAUGGGCGGAAUUCGAGGCGCUGCGCUGGACGUGUUUGACCAGGAGCCGUUGCCCUUGAAUAGUGUCUGGCGCACCACGCCCUGGGGACAGCAGGGGCGCAGCGAGGUGCUCCUAUCUCCACAUAUGGGCUACGGAGAGGAAGACCUUUUGCAUGGCUGGUAUAAGGAGGUGGCCGAAAAUGUGGAACGAUGGCUAAACGGACAAGAGCCCUUGCGGAGGUUGAAUUGA